AAUAUAUCAGCCACAACUGUUGAUAAUUUAUGCAAACGCAACUCAAACAACAACAGCUUUGCUGUGUCUUGCAGGACAUACCCAACUCAACCAAAACCAGCUGUCAAUGGCGGAGCUUCAAGCCAUCCUUGAAGAUCAAGCUGAUUCUGUAAUGCCCCACGUCAUCUCUAUUCUAUCUUCUCUUCUUCAACAUGUUGCUGAUGCUAAUGAUUAUAGCUGUCGUCUUCAACCCCAGAAGAUCUCUGUUUUCCAUGGCCUCACUCGCCCCACCAUUUCCCUUCAAAGCUAUCUUCAGAGGAUCUUUAAGUACGCCAAUUGUAGCCCCUCUUGCUUCGUUGUUGCCUACGUUUAUCUCGAUCGUUUUGCGCAAAAACAGCCCUCUUUGCCCAUCAAUUCUUUCAAUGUACAUAGGUUGCUUAUAACCAGCGUUUUGGUCUCUGCCAAGUUCAUGGAUGAUUUCUAUUACAACAAUGCAUUUUAUGCUAAAGUUGGGGGAAUAAGCACAGCGGAAAUGAACAUGCUUGAAGUGGACUUCUUGUUUGGUUUAGGGUUCCAAUUAAACGUGACACCCACCGCAUUCCACACCUACUGUUGCUUUCUUCAGCAAGAAAUGUUUUUGCAAUCUCCUCUGCAUUUACCUCUAAAGCACCAAUGCUCUUUCACUGACGACGAGUCAGCCCAUCAAAAACAACUCGCUGUUUAGUUUCUUUCCUGGGAAUUUUCUACAAGUGAUUUUGUCAACUACUGAAAUAUUAUAAGCUCAUAGGCAUAGUUUGAUUGUGAACCUGGUUUGAAAAGGCUAAAUUUACCCUCUAUUAAUGCAAAACGAACUGCUCAUAAUUUUGUAAAUAUAACUGUUUGAAAUUAAUCCCAUUAAUGAGCAAUUCUGAAGUUUUGAAUUGAA